UUUUCAGGGUGUAAGGAACAGAGCAACUCCUGCUAGACUGUUUAAAUUGUACAAGGAAAUGUCAGAGGCCCAGCGGAAGCUUGUUAGUGAUGCUGGCUUUGGAGGCUUGCUUGAGAUAGGAAGUGGUCGAUUGCCAUCUGCCCUAAGUAAAUGGCUUGUGAAGAAUGUGGAUGGUGAAUCAGAAGAGCUUGUAAUUCCUGGAAGAGGGAAGAUUAAAGUAAAUGCAGCUGCUGUGAAUAGGAUACUUGGGUUACCUAUGGGUGAAGAUGAGGUUAAAUAUGAAUUCAAUGGAAGUGCAAUUAGUUUCAUCAAUGAAAAGUGCAGCUUUGACAACGGAAGGUCUCCUGCAAUUACAACAAUAACAGAAAGGCUGUGCGCAAACAAGGAAGCAAACGAUGACUACCUCCGGUGUUGGCUCAUGGUUGCUAUCUCAACCUUUUUGUGUGGGAGCACAGCUUUGUGCAUCAGCCCAAAGUGCUAUCCUUCUUUGGUUGAUCUAUCAAAAGUUAAGGAAUUGAAUUGGUGCAAAUUUGUAGUAGAUACUCUCAAAGGAUCCGUGGGAAAGAUGCAUAAAAAGGAUUCUGUUUUAGGCUGUCUGUAUUUCCUCUCCAUACUUUACCUGGACUCUUUGGAGGUAGGAAACAUACAAGUCCCUGAAAAACAGCCAAGAGUUGCAGCAUGGAACAUGAAACUUAUCAACAAGGUCAUAAAGAUGGAUACUAACACAAAUGGCACAUUUGGGAAACUCAAGCUCAAGAAACUAGCUGGUUCAGUCACUGAGACCUCUUUAUUUGGGGAUUUCCAAGACAUAGAUAAUUUUAUUUCACACAGGGCAUCUGCACCCAUGUCUUCAAAGAAGAAAAGGAAAUUAUCUGAAGUUGUCAAGAAAGCUUGUAUUGGUUUCACUGAAGUGAUAGGAACAUUUAUAAGUGAGGUGUCCACAAUCAGCGAUGAUUCUGAGGAUCAAGAGGAGCCCAGAAGGUCAACACGGAGAAGAACUACCAAAAAUCACCAACAGAAUGUUGAUGACGAAGACGAAGAGAUAGAGGAGGACGAGGAGGAGGAGGAUUGGAAGGAGGACGAGGAUGAGGACGAGGAAGAUGAGGAGGCCGACAAAGAAGCGGAGCUAGAGGAUAAGGAGGUGGACAAAGAAGUGGAGCUAGAGGACAAGAGUGUCUCUGAUGAGGAUGAUGCAACCAACAUAGUUGAUCCACCACUAGAAGUUGUUCCUUCUCAAUCAAAAAGGGAAAGGCUGAGGUAAAAAUGAGAUAUUUUUUUGUGAAAAAUUGUUCAGAGAACUUUUGUAUCUGUCAAAUCAGCUGUUACUGACUUACUGUAUAUGCAUGGU